AUGAUAGCUACUGGAAUGAGUUUGACUGAAAAGGAUGAAAUUGAUCUUCGUCGAUGCAUAGACAAAAGAAAGUUAUCACCAGACAACAACCGGAGACAGUCUUCACUGUCUGUUGAACACCAAAGUUGUUUUUUUGAUUCAUUAAAUGUUCACGCCAACGAGUGGUUGGCAUUUUGGUUGUUCCUGGUGUCAAGCUCUUACUUCCUCUUGAAAAAAAAUGUCAAUUUUUUUCGCGGUUUGAAAAAUAUCUCAAAUAUUAGAACAGAUAAUGAUGGACUUGACUGUGAUGCUUACUGGGGGAUCUCAGAUUUGGACAAAGCAAGUUAUUUGCAUUCUUUACUUAGUCUCGAAGAUGAAGACUCUGAGUGGCUCUCAGAUUCAAAGCUUGAUGGAUGUUCAGCUGAGAACCCUUCAACUCCUAUUAGCUACAAGUGUGAUUCUUUCACUGAGAUCUCUGAUAUAGACACACUCAGUUAUUGGGACUCAUUGCUUAGUCUUGAAGGGGAAGACAACGAAUGGAUCUCAGACUCAAAACAAGAAGUGGAGUGUGUUUUGGAUGGUUUUUCAAGCCCUUCUAAUGAGGGAAGUUGGGGUGUUGAGUUUUCUCCUUGUGUCUCUACUGUUUCUUCAGAAGAUGAUAUUUCAGUGGAGCAUCUAUUAGAAACCGCUGACAUAGAGGAGUUCAGUGGCGAACAACCCCUUUUUUGGCCAUUUGAAGAGGAAUUCAAUUGGAAUUGUGAGGAACCUUGGAGUUCAUUUUGUACCUCUCCAAGGAGAGGGCUUGUCUUGAACUCUAUAUCAAUGACAUCAAGGAUAAAGGGGUGUGAACAAAAAUGCAAUGAGGAUCUAUGCAGUGUGAACUCUGAAACUUCAAGGUUAAGCAUGUGGUCUAAAAGUUCAGCAAUGAUAGUACAACCUUUAGAAUGUGAAGGUGAGAAAGUUGCAUUUAAACGCGGAGAAGUGCUGAGUAACAACAAACUCUUGUCUCUUAACACUUUUCUUGAUGAAGAAUAUAUUUAUUCAAACAAAGACCUUCCUUUGGGAAAUGAAUAUUUUGCAUUGGAUCAAGAGCUUCCCAUUGAGACAUUGGUGGGGCUCAAGGAAUUUGAUGGACAUGAGGGGCUUGAUUGGGAAUUCAAUGAUGAUGUUUUUAUGAUGGAUGAAAUUUUAUAUCUCCAAUAGUUUAAGCACAUGA